ACAGAACUGGAAUUAAAUAUAGGCAACCAGUUUUACUUCUCAAAGAAAACACUAUUCUUUGUUUUCCGGAGUGUCAAAACAAAUAAUCUAGCGUUGAUUUAAUUAUCAGCAGCUAUGGCGGGUACUUCGUCGGAUUCACAAAGAACAAUCGGUCAGAAGACCUGGGAGCUUCAAAAUAAGAUAGAAACAAUCAAUUCAGUUGAUGAGAUCUACAGAUAUGACAAACAACAGCAGCAGGAUAUUUUGAAAGCUAAACCUUGGGAUAAAGAUCCAAAUUUCUUUAAAGACAUCAAAAUAUCAGCACUGGCAUUGCUAAAAAUGGUGAUGCAUGCCAGAUCAGGUGGAACCUUAGAAGUAAUGGGUUUACUCUUAGGAAAAGUUGAUGGAAACACCAUGUUUGUCAUGGAUUCAUUUGCUCUGCCUGUAGAAGGUACUGAAACCAGAGUAAAUGCUCAAGCCCAAGCAUAUGAAUACAUGAGUUCAUAUAUUACCUCAGCAAAAUUGGUUGGCCGCGAAGAAAACGCUAUCGGAUGGUACCACAGCCAUCCAGGCUACGGUUGUUGGUUGUCCGGUAUCGAUGUUUCCACGCAAAUGACGAAUCAAAGCUAUCAGGAGCCAUUCGUCGCUAUUGUCAUCGAUCCAGUGCGCACAAUCUCCUCCGGAAAGGUCUGCCUGGGCGCUUUUAGGACCUACCCCAAAGGCUACAAGUCCCAAAAUGACGAACCGUCCGAAUAUCAAACGAUCCCACUGAAUAAAAUCGAAGAUUUCGGCGUGCAUUGCAAACAAUACUACUCUCUAGAAGUAACCUACUUCAAAUCCGCCUUGGAUCGGCGUCUAUUA